CCCGUGGCCCCGCCCUCUGAGAGGCGUGGUCUUCGGCGCGCGGGAAGCCGCGGGUGGUGGCGGCUCCUUGCGGACCGCGUCCCUGCAGGGUCGCUGUUUAACUCUGCUAACGUUUCCAGCCUCCCUUUGCCCGGUGGGGACUUGGGAGGAUGAAAGUGAUCACGUGUGAAAUCGCCUGGCACAACAAGGAGCCAGUGUACAGCCUGGACUUCCAGCAUGGUGCCGCCUGGAGGAUCCACAGGCUGGCUUCCGCGGGCGUGGACACCGCCGUCAGGAUCUGGAAGGUGGAGAAGGGGCCAGACGGGAAAGCCAUUGUGGAAUUUCUCUCCAAUCUUGCUCGGCACACCAAAGCUGUUAAUGUCGUCCGUUUUUCUCCAACUGGGGAGAUCUUAGCGUCUGGAGGAGAUGACGCCGUCAUUCUGCUGUGGAAGAUGAAUGACAGCAAGGAGCCAGAGCAGACCGCCUUUCAGGAUGAGGAUGAGGCUCAGCUGAACAAGGAGCACUGGACUGUGGUAAAAACCCUGAGGGGCCACUUGGAAGAUGUGUAUGACAUCUGCUGGGCCUCUGACGGGAAUUUGAGCUCUGCUUCUGUGGACAACACAGUUAUCAUAUGGGAUGUCAGCAAAGGACAGAAGAUCUCCAUUUUCAACGAACAUAAAAGUUACGUACAAGGAGUCACCUGGGACCCUUUGGGUCAAUACGUUGCGACCCUGAGUUGUGACAGGGUGCUGCGAGUCUAUAGCACUCAGAAGAAGCGUGUGGCCUUCAACGUUUCAAAGAUGCUGUCUGGACUAGGGCCUGAAGGAGAGGCAAGAAGCUUCCGGAUGUUUCAUGACGACAGCAUGAAGUCAUUCUUCCGCAGACUCAGUUUCACUCCAGACGGAUCUUUGCUUCUCACUCCAGCUGGAUGUAUGGAAUCUGGUGAAAAUGUGACAAACACAACAUAUGUGUUCUCCAGAAAGCACCUGAAAAGGCCCAUCGCCCACCUUCCCUGCCCUGGGAAAGCGACUCUCGCUGUCCGCUGCUGUCCUGUCUACUUCGAACUGAGGCCAGUGGCGGAAACAGAGAAGGCGUCGGGGGAGCCCAGCCCCGAGCUGGUGAGCCUGCCCUACCGGAUGGUGUUUGCCGUGGCCUCCGAGGACUCCGUGCUGUUGUAUGACACUCAGCAGCCUUUCCCGUUUGGCUACGUGUCUAACAUCCAUUACCACACCCUGAGCGACAUUUCCUGGUCCAGUGAUGGGACCUUCCUGGCCAUUUCCUCCACGGAUGGUUAUUGCUCGUUUGUGACCUUCGAGAAGGGUGAACUUGGCGUACCUUUGAAGGAGAAGCCAGUUUUGAGCAUAAGAACUCCUGAUACAGCAAAGAAAACCAAGACCCAGACACACCAGGGAUCUUCACCGGGAUCCAGAUCGGUCGAAGGGACCCCCACUGGCAGAAUCCAGGACCCCAGCAGUCCCUGCACCACCCCCUCCCCCACCACACAGUCUCCAGCUCCAUCCGCCAUCAGGGACAGUCCCUCAGCCACGCCUGCUGGCAAAAGCUCCUUGCCGCGACCUUCUGAGGAGAAGACCCUGCAGCCCGCUAGUCAGAACACAAAAGCCCCGCAACCCCGGAGGGUCACACUGAACACGCUGCAGUCCUGGGGCAAGACAACUCCCCGGAGAAUAAACUUAACACCGUUAAAAGCAGAAGCUUCGCCCAAUCCACUGCCCGCCAGCGGAACUGCCCCCUCCUCCACAGAAGAGAUGGAGUCAGAGAUGCCUGGAGAGCCCCAGGACGAGCCUCCCGAAGUGAAAAGGCCCAGACUUCAGGAAGAUGAAGGAGGUGCCCAAACCCUGGGUCCUGAUGAGGCUCCCAAGUCUUCUUGAGGCCUGCCGGGCCCGGCACCCAUGUGCGCAGGAGGCCCAAGAGCUGAGGCUCGUUACGGUGAUAUCGGAGUGGAAUAAAUACCCAUGAAUUGAUUCCCGUAGA